UUGCGAUUUUGCAGAUAUCUUGAAGUUCCAAAAGAAUGUCGCUUACCUUCGAAUGAUUUUGAAUCUUCUGUCUGGAUAACGGAUGAAGAUAGUGCAUUUCGUUUGGCGACAGCUCUCGAAGAACGUGAUGGGAGUAUACUUGUCGGUUUUCGCGAUGAAAAUGGUUUCUACGAAAAGCGUGUUGUGCCAAAAUCAGAAGUGCAGGCGCCAAGCAUAUCAUAUUUCGUGGAAGACAUGUGCAAUUUGAGUGAACCUAAUGAUGCGUCCGUUCUGAAUGCUCUUCGAUUACGAUAUGAAGCGCAAUUGAUCCACAAAUUACCAAUUUAUACGAAGGAAGUGAUGGAUGUGUACAUGAAUCCAAUUCACAAAGGCUGUGCUUUACCCCCUCACGUGUAUAGCGUUGCACAAACAGCCUACAGUGGUCUACUCAGCGGGAACAACCAAUCUAUUUUGAUAACGUGAGC